AUGGACGCUUCACGCCUGGAAACCGCGAAACACUCGUGGUGUGAAGGUUGCAACUGGGACAGGAUGUUCGACAUCGAGCUGGAGGUCUUGCUCCAUUUUGUCAAAAAAACGUGUUACAACGGUUCCGACCUUGCCACACAUUCACAGAUUCCUAGCGUUAUUCCAAGCGUCAUUCAUGUACCUUAUUGUUAUUUUAUACCUCUGUGCAGCUUACUUGUUGCAAUCCAAAAGGUUCAAGGGCAUUGCGAAAAGGAUCCAACACCAAAUUCAUCUGCAGAAUAUAGACACACCAUAUCUACAACAAAUUAUAUCUAUUCCAGGAGUCGGCAUUCAGAAAGGAGUGCAGCCAACGUACUUGCCGUGUCUCUUUACCAAAGUGAAUCUAAGGGAGUCAUAGAUCUGUCCUGGGACAAUGGUUCUCAGAAUUUGGAGGCUCAGCUGAAGGAUCUUGGCCUGGACGUGCACAUCGCCGUCGAUGGCCAACCGGCCGGCCUCGAAAGCGAGGACGCUAUGGAUGCAUACAUCAUUCCAGCACAGAAUGGACAAGUUCUUUACUCAAAUGCUGAGGACAUGGAACAAGUUGCCGCUUUUGUCAGCUCCGGUGGACUUGUGAUUAUUCUGGAUGCUGGCUUUGGCGAGGGCGCCACAACACGCGAUUUCGUUUCCAAGGCCUUAAAGUAUCAAGGUGAAUGGCAAACGUGUCAGCACAUGGCUGGGCGGUCGGAGCCCCUGACGCGGCCGACCCUUAGCCGAUGGGCGUCGUCCUUCCUCCCGGACAUUCGCGGCUCAAUACCAUGGCCCCGAGAACUGGAGGUCUCUCCAGCUACAGGUCUCAGCACAUGGUGCCACCACGAGGACGUACACGCGGUUACUGUUCCCCUGUACCGUGUCAUCGGAGGCGACGCUACAUGGCUAGCAGCUCAGGCGUUCGGCAAGGUCGGCAGCCCUGGCGCCGUGGUGUGGCUCGGUUACAGCUGGAAGGACGGCCCCCAGCCGCAAUGGGGCGCGCUGCUGAAGAAGCUCAUCACCGACUUCGCAAACGGUGCGCGGGGCUCUGCUUUCAGCGGCCACCCUGUCAACCCUGUUACCUCGGGCAAGUACGGCUUGAAGCCGCAGGCGACUAAGGACAUUGAGGAGGUGCAGGAAACUGUCUUCCAUAGGGCCCUGGCGGCGGCGGCGGGGACGUAUCCACCGCCGGAAGCGCUCCAUCACCACCGCCCAAGAAGUCGAUUCGACCACCACCCAAAAACAAAGGCAAUGAUGACCGCCGUCGCUCGCUUUUAG